CAUAUUGUGUCCAAGUCUCCAUGGUAGUCGACAUUUUUUAUGUUUAUUUAUUGAUCUGUGCAGAAAAUUCAUCAAAUCCUGUAAUAUUCGUUUUUAUUUCGGCUAAAUAUUGAACGAGGGUGGAGUUAAUGCUUCUUGAUGGCUUAAAAAUUCUUCUUCGUGUGAUAAAUCGGUGUUGAAAGAGGAAAGUUCGAUCUUCAAACAUUCAACUUUGCAAAUCCAUCCGCCAUCAUGAGUGAACAACUAAAAUAUAUUGUGGAUGAGCUGAACAAGGAACCUUUCAAGAAGAACUAUAACCUCAUAAGGUAACCGUUGAAUUUUCCUUUCUAAAACAGCUUCGAUAAUAAUGUCACUGCGUGGUUGGCAAGCAAUUAAGCCUUGUAAUAAUUUUCAAAAUUUAGCCUUCGUAAUUUUUAAGCCAUUUAAGUUUUCCAGAAGACAUGUCCUAACAAAAUUUUCUGGUUUUCACAUUUUAAAACCAGUGUUGUUUCUAUUUGAUUGUCUUUCAUAUUAUGAUUACGAACAUUCAACCGAAGAAAAGACAACUUCAGUGAUUGCAAGGAAAGAUUUGAAACACAACUUAUAUCUUAAAUUGGAAUCAGCCCCCCAAAAAACAGGCUUGUCAGAGUUUAUGAUGGAUCUAUCUAAUGGGAAAGUACCUGAUUCAAACUUGAAUUUUAACCCAUAGGACUUUCAUUUUCUUUCAGCUUUGAUUCUCUGCAGCCACUACAGUUGCUUCAAGUGCUGAAUGAUGUUUUUGCAGAAAUCAAUCCCCAGGUUGGUGAUGUAUGAGCCUCUUUAGCUGAGAACAAUUUUUACCUAACAGAUUUUCUAACAAUAUGCCUUUAUAUUUUUCUUAUUGAAUUAUUACUCAAGAUUAUUAUUAUUUGUUUCUCAACAGCACAAAAUUGAUCUUCGAGAUGAAGAGCCAGAACAAAUGGCAAAAAGAAUGUUCACAUUUUUGAGAAUCUUGAAAUUCAAGCCAAAAACAGAGUCUGGAAGCUUGUGAGUGAUAUUAAUCCUUUCACCCCCAAGAUCUCCUCAGUAUUAUUCUUACUGUCUGCCGUAUAAUUCUUAUAAUGUUGGUUUGGAGAAUUUGGUAUUGGAUCGAUUACUGAUGACGAAUCCCCUAGUUUACAUUUUUCUCUACUUUCGUCUCUUGUCUGCUUGAUAUUGUUGUAAUAUUGGUAUAGGUAAUAACAUGAUUUUUGUAAUUCAGUGUUAAUAAGCACAAGUGGUGUAAAAAGAAAAUUUACAAGUGUUUACUAACACCAAAUUGCAAGAAAAAUCAUACUUGUUAAUCAAUUGUACAUGAAAAAACAUCACAGCGAGUCGAAACAAACAAAAUUUUGAAAGUGUGGGUGCAAUUUGUAAUUUGCACUUGUUUUACAACUUUGCAUGCAUGUUGCAUGAUAAUAGACUUGUUUUCAGCCAAUCAAAAGUGCGUAAUUUUUUCAUGUACAUUAUUUUAGGGAAAAAUUAUGUCUUGGUUGCUCAUGGGAAUUAAACCAUGAAAUGACUUUUAUCCUUUUUAAAUUGCAAAUCACUAUCUAUAAGGAUUUUAAGGCAUUUAAUAUAUUAACCCUUUUAACUCCCAAGAUCUCAUUAGUAAUUCUCUUUACUGUCUGCCAUACAAUUCUUGUGAUGUUAGUUUGGAGAAUUUCAUUUUGGAUCAACUUAUAAUCCCCUGACUGAUAUUUUUCUUCAUUCUGAUCACUUAUCUGCUAGAUAUUGUAUUAAUAUUGUAAGGAGAAAUUCUGUCUAGGUCACUCAUGGGAGUUAAAGGGUUAACCUAUAUUUAUCACUGUAGAUAAACCUCAAAGGCUAGCAAAAUGACAGUCCUUGACUUUGACAAAUGCAGAAGCUCUUCAGAUUCCAGACAUUGAAUGUGACAAGAAAGUCAACCAAAUGCAAUAGUAACAUUUCUUAUUUGUCGUCAAGAGAAUUAGCGAUGCUUAGUUUUCCUUGGUGUUCAUUUUCACCAACAGAAACCAGAGUUAUUUCUUUGUGGUAGCCCCUGAUCUAUCACCUUGAAUUGCUGCAGUUGUAACAUACUUCUUUGUAACAAAUCAUUUAUCUCUUAUUCUCUCUAAAAACCACACAGGAAUGCCUUUCGUAAUGGGCUCAUUCAAGGUGACAAGUUGGUUAUUUACCCCAUUCUUCAAUGGCUCUUUGAAAAUCUGGUAGAAUUGAAGACCAGAGCUUAUCUUGCGAGAUAUUUGGUAAAGUUAGAGAUUCCUCCAGACCAACUGGCAGAUCAAGAAUUAAAUGAGCUUAAUGAGAAUGUAAGCAUUUACAUUUCUUUUUUGCAAAAUGCACCAGUAAGCAUCUCCCUCUUCUAUAAAGGCUGAGUGAAGCUUUAUAAUGAAUAUUUCUUUAAACAAGUUCUGUGUAAUGAGCAAAGUCAAAUGAUCCACCAGAUAUCACUAACCAUCAUCAUUUCUACACUUACUUUUUACAACAUAUGCAAUCACUUUUUUGCAAUAUAUUGUCCCCUCCAUGGAUAGAUAACAGUAAACAAGAUAUUUGGUUUGACCUUUCUGUGCGAUGUUCACUAGCAUUGAAAUCUUCACUGAAUUUGUUUUAUUUAUGUCAGUAUUUAGAACUGAUGGAACAGUUCAAAGAUCUCCACAAGACAGUUGGUCAACUCAGGACAUCUGGUCUAUCAACUGGGGAAAUAAAAAAGGUCAGUACUGUACAAAAACUUAUAGGUUUGUUACAUACAUACAUACACUUUAAUUCAACUCAAAUUAUGAGAGUAGCUCUGUUGAGCUCAUAUCUUUGAGAAAGAAAAAUAUUAAAUCAAUUAAAUUAUUAAAAUACAUUAAUUAAAAGUACCACUAAAAGUUCAUUUUGUUAUAAAGGGCUCUGUGUCUCCCAUCUCAUUAUCAUCAUCAUCAUCAUUGUCGCAGUUACUGUCAGCAUCAUUAAAAUGAUUUUAGUUUCUGUGCAGUGAAUAACUUUUAUUAUUUCUUUCACUUUUAGGACAUAGUAAACAUGGAGGAUGAAAAAGAACAACUGCAGAAGAGAAUUGACAGAAUGCAAAAAAAGGUAAAACCCAAUUACCACAACUGAUGUAAGUUCUGUUUCCUAUUUUACUGUGUUUUUACACAAUCAUGCAGAUAGGUCAGUGGUUUGCAAAUCACUUAUCACUCCUCUCUUAGAUAAUUGGCUUAUAUCAUUUGUAAACUCUUGAAACUAAGGGAAGUUUUAACACAAAGCUUAUCUCCUUUUAGGUGGAGAAUGUGCGGAACUAUGACAAGAUGUUACUUGCUGCACGGAAUUUGCGAGUUGAGAGAGAAAAGGAACACUCACUUGGUCAACAGAAGUUGGAGCAAAAGAACCAGGUAAUCAGUUGUCCUAGCGAAAAUAAGUGCAUUAAAAUAUUGGAUUGAUGAUAUGUGUCUUGCAUGUUUCAAGCCUAAUAUUUAGUGAAAAGAUUUUUUAAAAUUUGCUAAUGUUGCCCCCACUUUGAAGAUACCUGACUCAAAGCAUGCGGUACAUGUAAUAAACCAUUUGACAGUGAUUAUUGGUGAUCACAGCUAAUAUAGUUGAGAUAUUAAACUGGUAUGGGGGUGUCACUCCUAUAUCUAAUCUCAAGAGUAAAGUCUAAUUUAAACAUGUUGUGAAACAUUCAACAGUAUCUGCACUCAGACCAACGUUAUCAGCGUAUGCAACAACAGUUAAAAGAUAUGAGGACUCAGGGUGUUGGCACAACUGGGGCAGGUAAUGAACAUUUUGAAGCUCUUAUCUGAUUUUGAUUGAUGAUAUUCUGUAUUCAUCCUUAGUUGACACUGAAUCAAAAUGGGAAACUUAAUAGAUAUUCAUUGAAAAUUUAAAAUUGAGGUGUUUUUAUAUUUUAAGUUUUGCAUGGAAUUAACAAUUAUGAAGUAUUUCAUCACCAGGCGAGAGUUUGGCUCAGUUUUGUGAUGAAUUUUCAUCAGGAUUCUUUUAUAUGCAGUCUUACAUUUUAACUUGCAGAUCUGAUUAAGAGACUAGAGGAGGAGAACAAAGUUAAUGCUUAUCUCUGCCAAGAAAAACUGCCCAAGGUAAUGGUCAGCCACAAAUCUGCUAAGGAAAAACACUGUAACUGUUUUUUUGUCUAUUGUAAUAUUUAGGAUAUGGAGUAAGGUCAUCAAGGUGCUAACUUGAAUUGGUUUCAGACUGAUGUGUGAUAUAUUUUAUUUGAAUCACAAGGAACUGGAAGGAAAAAAGAAGUAUGCUCAGGAUUUACAAAAAGUGGCAGAUGAACCAGCUAUGGGUCAGGCUGAUUUGGAUGAACUCAACAAAAGGGUCAGAGGAAAAUAAUUUGUUUUUAUUUAAUAAGAUACUUGUAGAUGACAGAGAACUCCAUAAUUAUUAUUACUAAGACACUCUUCAAAUGUAAAACAAAAUAUUUAAUGUUGUGUCUGAUUUAAUUUUCAUUUGUUUUACAUAUACAUCAGAUUAAACAACUCUCAGCAGAAAUUAACACACUGAUUGAAAAGAGAAUGGUGAGGAAUGACCCUAUUGAUGACAAGUUGUCUCUCUUCAGGCAGCAAGUAAGUUAUUUCUUUUGAAAAAUCCUCCUAACUUCACUAUCUUUUAGUUGUUAUGGUUUGUUUAGUGUCAUCAGAUUCAAGGAAAAAAUUUAACUGUGGGAUCUUUGGGUAACAUUAAUGCAUUUGUAAGAAAGAACAAUGCCAGUUUUGCAUUGACAAAUGUUAAUAUAUCAGUUAAAUGCUAUACCAGUGUUCAACCAGAAAAAUACUUGAACUAAAUAUUUUGUAAGAUUGCAUGGAUUCUUUUAUUUAUGAGAUACCAUUUUGUCCUUAAGGCUUCAAUUAUUGGACGAAAGAAAGAGGCUGUUGCUGAAAAGCUCCAAGAAGCCAUGGAUGAGGUGAGAUGCUGGUGAAUUUUUGUCUCGUGACACAGUCAAGCAUUUAUAAUUGUUUAACACCAAUGUUUUUGCUUGAUUUUAGCUGAGUAAUGCAGAAAGUGAUUUGCAGAAGAAGAAAGAGUUAUUGAAAGAAAGUGAGGGAUCAGAAGUGUUGAAAGGAGAUGAGGUUAGUGACAAGACUGGAGAAUUUUAUGGUAAAAGGAAGUGGGAAGGGGACUGGAGAUGAACGAGGAGGGAAUUGGAAGAGGAGGAUGUGACCAUGGAAGGAAAGAGGGAAUGGUGAAGGGAACAAAGAGGAACAGAGAAGAAUGGAGAGGAGAUUGGGAAGGGGAAAUAGGAUUGGCUAGGGGAAGAGGGGAAGGAAGGGGUAGGGAAUUGGAAGAGAAGUAAGAAGGGGUAAGGUUGGUAAGGGAGGGGGUAUGGGGAGGUGUAAUGAGGAUGGAUCAGGGGAGGAGGGGGUAGGAGGGGGGCAGGGAACAGGAUGGGAAUGGGAAGGGAAAGUAAGCAGGGGUAUUGGGGGGGAGAUGGAGAAUGGUGAGGAAAUAGGGAGGGAGCAGGGAAAUUUUAGAUGACUGAGCCAAAGGAAGUUGAAAAUUGACCUAAUUUAUAAGGAAUUGAGAAGUGACGAUUGAGAUAUCCUUUUUUCUUUUAGUUCAAAAGAUAUGUGAACAAGCUGAGGGGGAAAAGCACAGUCUAUAAAAAGAAAAGACAAGAGGUACAUGUGAAAUAUGAUCUCUGUGAUUCAUUCUUCAGUGAUAUAACCUUAAAAUACCUUUUGAUAAUUUUGGAUCUGUCAAAGUUUAUAUUUUCUAAAAUAAUAUUUUGUCAAAUUUGUGAAUUACCAGUUGGCAGAACUUCGUGCAGAGUAUGGGGUGUUAGCUAGGACAGAAGAAAUACUGAAAGGCAAGGAUGAGACAUUUCAACAUCAAUUGGUAAGUGUUAUUGUACUUGGGAGCUCUUUGUUCCUAACUUUUAAAAGCAUCCCUCUCAAGAAUAGAAGCACAUUGCUUUAGUUCAGGCUUAAACAGAAAUGCCUAAUAUAGAGGUCCAGUAACAGUACCAGGUACCUGUUAUGCUUAAGCAUCUUCUCCAUUCUACUCCACAGGCAGUUACAUGAAGUGUUGUAUUUUUGGUGGAAGGGAGGGUUUGUGGUGUUACUCAUUCUGAUGGUUGAUGGGUUCUUAGACUUUCAUACUAUUUAAGAAUGAAAAUUGCUACUUCUCUAAAAUAUCUGAUCAGGAGAGUUUUUCCCCUUUUCUCUUACAAAGUUAGAGCGAUUAAUAGAGCAACUGAGUACUCCCUUCAACUUGUAAGACACCUUACUAAGAGGGUUGUUUUGUAUUGUCGUAAGUCUAAUUUAGAGAACAAGAAGGGUGUGACAGGUUUCCAUGAGACUCAAGAGGAAUUGGAAAAAGUUUCUGCCAAGAAAAGUGAGCUGGAUGAACAGAAAGGGAAAACGCUGGAGGACAUAUCUGAACUGGUGAGGACACUAAGGCCACAGUACUGUGCUUUUGUCAACAGCUGACAUAUCAGCCGAAGAGUGAAUUAACUUUUCCAUUUUAGGAUGGAAAGUAGUCAUAUUUUUUUUCAUGAGUUUCACUUUUUGCCGUCCAUUGUUGAUUAGAAAGUCCUCAACCUCGAUCUAUACUACCACAGAAGGUUAAACUUCGACCUGUGAGUUAAUUCUUGAAAACGAAGAAGGAACUUAUAGAAACCUUGUGUUUGGAACUGGUUUUCCGCAACUUGUUUCUUCCGUCAAAUUCCAAAAGCUUUUCUCAAUCAAAAUUUUACAGAUGCAAUCUGUGAAGUUAUCUUUAAAGAUUUGUUCGUAUCUGCUUUUCUUGAAAUUCAGGGUGUACUGCUUUUAAAGGUAUCAAAGUAUGCAAUUCAUUCAUGUCGCAAUUUUUCCUUCUCAGGUUCGUCAGUUAAAUGCCACAAUUGCAGACAAGAAGACUGCUCUGGCUCCAGUUAUUAAAGAAUUGAGACCAAUGAGGCAGAAAUGUCAGGUAAUGAGACUGAACAAUGUCUUAAUUCUUGUGACAGUAGCUGACUGACAGUGAGAAAAACUUCCUAUUAUUUUUCUGAGACUUUCAUUGCUUAUGGUAGGAGAUGACCGGCGAAUACGAAGAAAAGAGGGCAGCGUAUGAGAAUUUAGCAGCAGGACUGGAAAGCAAUCUGUCUAAACUUGAGCACGUAAGUUUAUUGCUUUUAUUCUUCUCUUUUUCAUUACUGCACAGCGACAAAUCAUUUAGCCUGUCAACUGGUUUAUAUGUUUUGUGUUGUAAAUACUGCUUUGUAAGUAAUUAUUUUUUUCUUCAUCAUCAGGAGGUGCGAGCCCUGCGCGAGGAAUUGACCCACGAGGAAGGACGUUAUCACUAUUUACAUUGCAUGUUGAAGGUUUGUCCUGGUUUGUUGAUCUUUGAUUACUGCUUUAGCUUCCUGUUAUGUUCGAAAGUGAAUUUUAUAUUAUAAGUUUGUGUGAGAUGAGAGGACAGGAGAGAAUAGACAGUUGGAUUUUGGAUAGCUGUGUUAGAGGUCGCGUAAGUUUUACGCAUGACGGUCAUUCGCAAAAAUAUCUGUUUACUGUAUCUCAGGGCAUCUCCUCGUCUUGCACAAUUUUUUUUUUUCACCUGAAAAGCUGACAAUAACAUCUUAUAAAAGCUAGAGUGGUGCACCUCUAUUUCGACUGUAAGCUCCAUAAGAGCCAGCAUUUGUAAUUAUUUCUGCAAGCAUUGCGUGACCAAUCGAAAAGCGGCGGUAACGGGGAGCUACGGUGAGUGAAGAGACUUGGAAUUAGUUCCAUGUCCUUGUGAAACUGUUUUAUUCUUUAAACGUUAGGUACUUGAAGUGCAGCAGGGACGAAUCGAUGACGAACUGAAGGCUUACCGCUCGGCGGAUACUGCAGAUCGCAAAAAAUCUUUCAGGUAAAGAUGUAAUCUUUGUUUUUCGUGCAAAUUUUGCUGUAACGCGCGUCCCGGGUAAACUUGCAGAUAACGGGUAAACUUGCAGAUAACAGGUAAACUUGCAUAUAACGGGUAAACUUGAAUAUAACGGGUAAACUAGCAGAUAACGGGUAAACUUGCAUAUAACGGGUAAACUCGCAUAUAACGGGUAAACUCGCAUAUAACGGGUAAACUUGCAUAUAACGGGUAAACUUGCAGAUGACGGGUAAACUUGCAAAUAACGGGUAAACUUGCAGAUAACGGGUAAACUUGCAGAUAACGGGCAAACUUGUAUAUAACGGGUAAACUUGCAGAUAACGGGUAAACUUGCAGAUAACACGUAACAAUCCGGUAAACUUUCCAGUUAUCAAUACUCGUUAUCAUGGGUUUUCAAAGGGUUUUCAAAGGGUUUGCAUUUAGUGAUUCACUGAGAAAAAAAUUGUAGUUGAUAAGUCUUUUAACAGUUGUGAGAAUCUCUUUUAAUUCAUUUUUUUUCUCUUUCCUUUUGUUUUUAGGGAUCAGUUUACUAAGAAGAUUCAAGAGCAAGAAAACUUGGGAAAGGUAUUGAAUUAAACGAUAAGCUGUUAUUUUAGGUUGUUUUUUUAUCCAGGUGAAAUCAACGCAUGCUUAUUAUUUCGCAUUUGUUUUUCAGAGUCUUCGUGAUAAACAAAAAUCUGUCCGAGAGAGCCAGGCACCGAAUAUGAAACAGAUGAAGAUGUGGAGUGUAAGUACUUUUCUCAUCCCCAGUAGGGGUACGGUAGGGAGUUAAGAGUUGCUUCUUUCCCUUUGGAAUACUUCAAUCUUUGGUCCUAUUAUUCCCCCUAACCGGCAUCGAUAAAACGUUUCAACUUUAAAUCUUUACAAUUAGAACAUAUUGGGAUAUUCCUUCGGAACAAAUGAGGCUUUUCUGUCAGUGAGAGAAGAUGUCCAGCAACGUUGAGAGUGGUUGGUUUUGAGGCAAAUGCAUCAUCUUACAAUUAAGAGUUCGAAAAAUCUACCUUUCAACUUUAAGAAGGAAAAAAAAAAACGUCCAGAAUACUACCAGCUAAAUGUUUCGUUUUCCUACAUCUUUCUUGUUAGGACCUUGCAAAGCUGUUGGAGUGCAAACGAAAUUGUAUGUUAAAACAACAGCAGGAGAAUCAAAAUGGCGGCGUAAACCAGCAGGGCCUGGAUGGAGAAAACGUGUUGGUUCUCUAGGAAGCAGAGAAGUUUGGCUGCUCCUCGCUUUUCAUCACAAGAAAAAAAACCUUCUUUUAUUGUUUUUUUUUCAACUCCGCUACUCUUUGAAGACGUCAACCUGUAAAUUUGUAAAUUUAUCUAUCAUCGUUUUAUAUGCGUUGCCGGAAGGAUCUGCCCCGGUGCCCUUUCAUCCUAGGGGUACCCCUAGGGAUUCAUCUACCAUAGAGGAACAAGACUACUUCCUAUUUCCUUAAUCUACCGGUCGACCCUUCAAACUCCGUUUUGGCAAUAUCCAAACAUUGCAUUGUAUCAAAUCUUUGAUUUACUUAGUGUUACAUGUGGAAAGUUACCCCUCUC